AUGUCUUCCGCGAAUUUUUUGGCCCAAGAGCAAGCUGCAUUUGACUAUGAAGUUUCUGAAGUGAAGAGGUGGUGGAAGACAGAACGCUUUCGUCUUAUAAAACGUCCUUACACUGCCGAACAGAUUGUGUCAAAACGAAGUCUUCUUAAACAACAAUAUGCCUCUGACACUCAGGCCAAAAAGCUCUGGGCUUUAUUAAAACGUCAUCAAAAGAACAAGACUGUUUCGCAUACUUUCGGUUGUUUGGAUCCUAUACAAGUAUCACUAAUGGCUAGGUAUCUUGAAACUGUGUAUGUCUCAGGCUGGCAAUGUUCUGCUACUGCUUCUACCUCAAAUGAGCCCGGGCCUGAUCUUGCUGAUUACCCAAUGGAUACUGUUCCAAACAAGGUGGAACAUUUGUUUUUGGCGCAACAAUUCCAUGAUAGAAAACAGCGUGAAGCCAGAUACAGUAUGUCUAAGGAGGAACGUGCAAAAACUCCUUUCGUAGAUUAUCUGCGUCCAAUCAUUGCUGAUGCUGAUACGGGUCACGGCGGUAUCACCGCCAUAUUAAAACUUACAAAAAUGUUUGUUGAACGUGGAGCUGCCGGAGUUCACAUUGAAGACCAGAGUCCACUUUAUAAAAAAUGUGGUCAUAUGGCUGGAAAGGUCUUGGUCCCAAUCUCCGAGCAUAUCAAUCGCUUGAUUGCAAUUCGUAUUCAAUAUGAUAUUAUGGGGGUUGAAAAUCUUAUUGUCUCCCGUACUGACUCUGAAGCCGCCACUCUUAUCACAUCUAAUAUAGAUCCCCGUGAUCAUGGAUUUAUUCUUGGUUCUACAAACCCUAACCUUCGUCCUCUUGCAGAAAUUUUAAAGGAGGAGGAAUCAAAGGGUGUCACAGGAAAUGGACUUGCCAAAAUCGAAGAAAAUUGGAUUGCUAAUGCAAAACUCAAACUUUACAAUGAUGCUGUAAGUGAUGCAAUCAAAGCAUCUAGUUAUGCUGACAAAUCAUCUCGCCUCCAGAAAUGGGCAUCAAAAUCAUUAGGUCUCUCUUACUAUGAUGCAGUUAAAUUAGCCAAGUCAUUAGGUAUUGAAAUAUAUUGGGAUUGGAAUUCACCAAGGACAACUGAGGGAUUGUUCAGGUACCAAGGUGGCACAAAGUGCUCUAUCCACCGUGCUAUAGCAUAUGCCCCAUAUACUGACAUGUUAUGGAUGGAAACCAAAUCUGCUAUUGUUGAACAAGCGAGAGAGUUCUCCGAAGGUGUACUUAAGGUUCACCCUGAGAUUUUACUUUGUUAUAAUCUGUCGCCAAGUUUUAAUUGGGAUGCAGCCGGCUUAAACGAUGAACAAAUCCGCUCUUUCAUUUGGGACUUGGGUAGAUUAGGAUUUUCAUGGCAAUUCAUUACAUUGGGUGGUCUUCAUUCUAAUGCCUUGGGAGUCGACCUUUUUGCACGUAAAUAUGCCAAGGAAGGUAUGUUGGCUUAUGUUAGAGAUGUUCAACGAAAAGAACGUGAACACGGAGUUGAAACGUUGGCACAUCAAAAGUGGGCUGGUGCAAAUUAUGUUGAUUCAUUAAUUAAAACUGUACAAUCUGGAGUCGCUUCUACUGCUGCUAUGGGAAAGGGCGUAACCGAAGAACAGUUUAAAUAG